AGCAUAUGGCCUCUCUCACCGACAAGCAACAACAACCAGAGGCAGUAGUAGCAGAAUAUAUUAAAAAAAAGAUUACAGGGAUUUUUUAUUCUUGCCAAAUGAUUGAUAGAAUGAUCUAUCCAUCUAUCUAAGUAUCAAGCUUGCAUCUUUUCUUAAAUCACCAUCUAAUUCUCCAAACCCUUUUUCCAAUAAUUAAUUAUGGCACAAACCAAAUUCCAUCUCCAGUUUCAGCUUAUUACUAUUAUUAUUAUUCUUAUACAUCCUCUUUUCACUCCUUCCCUGCCAUUAGAUGACACUGAUACACAAACCCAAAUCCUUCUAGACUUUAAAACCCAGCUCAAAGAUCCCCUUCAUCACUUAGAUUCAUGGAGAAGAAGAACAGCAACAAAUUCAGACAUUUCCCCAUGUCAUUUUUCAGGCAUUACUUGUGAUCCAAACACGGGUCUAGUCACAGACAUCUCCCUUGAUGGUAAGUCUCUCUCUGGCCCUAUAUCACCCUCCAUUUUUUCCUUGAACACCCUUACUUCCUUGGUGAUUCCUUCCAAUUCCAUCUCCGGAAUUCUACCCACUUCUUUAAAUCGAUGCAAGAAUCUUAAAGUUCUCAACCUCACUGGAAAUGUCAUCACCGGUAGCCUGCCUGAUCUUUCUUCACUCACAAACUUGGAGAUUCUUGAUUUGUCUGGUAACCAUUUUUCCGGCGGCUUCCCCAGUUGGAUAGGUAAUCUUACCCAUCUGGUUUCCUUAGGCCUCGGCGACAAUGACUAUGAAGAAGGAGAAAUCCCUGAAAAGAUAGGAAAUUUAAGGAAUUUGACUUGGCUUUAUCUAGGUGGGUCCAAUCUGAGAGGUGAAAUUCCUGAAUCUAUAUUUGAACUUUCUAAAUUGGGGACUUUGGAUAUUUCUAGGAAUAAGAUUUCGGGUAAUAUUCCAAGUUCAAUAUCAAAGCUCCAAAGCCUCUACAAAAUUGAACUUUUUCAAAACAAUUUAACUGGGGAGCUCCCAGCAGAGCUUGCCAGCCUCUCUGAAUUGCAGGAGAUUGAUAUAUCGUCCAACCAGUUAUAUGGGCAGUUGCCUCAUCAGAUUGUGAAUCUAAAAAGAUUGACGGUUUUCCAACUAUACAGUAACAAUUUCUCCGGCGAACUUCCACAGCAAUUUGGAGACCUCAAUCAUCUAUUUGCCUUCUCAAUCUACCGGAAUAGAUUCUCAGGGGAGUUUCCAAAGAAUCUUGGCCGGUUUUGUCCUCUUAAUGCGAUAGAUAUAUCAGAGAAUCAAUUCUCAGGCCCAUUCCCUAUGUACUUGUGUGAGAACAAUAAACUAGAAAAGUUGCUUGCCUUGGAAAACAAUUUUUCAGGAGAGAUUUCGGUCAGUUAUGCUAAAUGUAAAUCAUUGACGAGGAUCAGGAUCAACCAAAACCGCCUUUCUGGUAAGAUUCCUGAUGGGAUGUGGGCGCUGCCUAAUGCGAAUAUGAUGGACUUUAGCGAAAAUGAAUUCAGUGGAGGAAUAUCACCAGUUAUUGGGAAAUCUGUUGUCUUGAAUCAGCUGGUUUUGACUAACAAUAGGUUCUCAAACGAGCUUCCAGCUGAACUGGGAAAAUUAUUGAAUUUGGAAAGGCUGCUUUUGGGUAAGAAUGAAUUUUCUGGGAAAAUACCAUCUGAAAUUGGGUUCCUGAAUCAAUUGCAAUAUUUGCAUUUGGAAGAGAAUUUACUCACUGGACCCAUACCAGCUGAAAUAGGGAGAUGCAUAAAACUUGUGGAUUUAGACCUUUCUUUGAAUUCUUUGAGCGGAGUUAUCCCCAUUGAGAUUUCAGAUGUCAGCUCUCUGAACUCUUUGAAUCUUUCCGGAAACAGAAUUGAAGGUCCAAUACCAAGUUCCUUGAGUAAAGUUGCGUUAAGUUCGAUCGACUUGUCUAACAAUGAGUUGUAUGGAAAAGUUCCUGCAUUUCUCCUUGUUAUGGGAGGAGACAUGGCAUUUUCCGGAAACAAGGGACUCUGUGUGGAUAGAACCUCUAAAACCCAAGUGAAUACAUCUGUCAAUGUUUGCAACGAAACACGUUUCCGUCAAAAAUCUGUUGGUAGUAAGGUGGUGUUGUUUUCCAUUGUCUUGGCAUGUUUGAUCGUCAUUCUUGGUGCAGUAUUGUUGCUUAGUUUCAAAACCUUCAUUGGGCGAUCUCGGGCACGAGAUGAAGAAAUAGAUCCAAGAUGGAAGGUAGAGUCUUUUCAUCCCGUGCACUUCAACACAGAUGAAAUAUGUAACUUGGAUGAGGAACAGCUGAUUGGAAGUGGAGGAUCAGGAAAAGUUUACAGAGUAGAUUUAAAGAAUCAGGGAGAGGUUGAGGUGGUGGCAGUGAAGCAAAUAUUUAAGGGAGAAAUGAAAGUUUUGGCAAGUGAAAUGGAGAUAUUAAGUAAGAUCAGACAUAAGAACAUCGUCAAGCUUUAUGGUUGUCUAAUGAGAACAGGAUCGAGUUUCCUAGUAUUAGAGUACAUGGAAAAUGGAAACCUCUUCGAGGCACUUCACCGAGAAAUCAAGAAUGGACAAACAGAAUUGGAUUGGUUAAAGCGUCACAAAAUAUGUUUGGGAGCAGCAAAAGGUCUAGCGUAUCUGCAUCAUGAUUGUCGUCAACCCAUCAUUCACAGGGACAUAAAAUCCACAAACAUUUUGCUUGACAAGGAUUAUGAGCCAAAAAUUGCAGAUUUCGGCAUUGCAAAGAUUGUUGAAGGAUCCUCGCAAUGUAGUUCCUUUGCAGGCACUCAUGGAUACAUUGCCCCUGAACUGGCAUAUACACUUAAGGCAACAGAGAAGUCGGAUGUAUUCAGUUUUGGAGUUGUGUUAUUGGAAAUAGUGACGGGGAGGAAGCCAUUAGAAGAUGAAUAUGGGGAUGGAAAGGACAUAGUGUACUGGGUUUCGACUCAUCUUUUGAAUGAGGAGAAAGGUGGAAUUGAACAAGUGUUGGACCAGAGGAUAGCCUGUGAAGCAAAUAAAGAAGACAUGAUGAAGGUUUUGAAGAUAGGGAGUCUAUGCACCACCAAGCUACCGAACCUACGCCCCACAAUGAAAGAUGUGGUUAAGAUGAUGGCUGACGCUGAGCCCAGCACCUUCAAAAUGAUGAUCACUCAGUACAUAACUGAUGAUAACAAUGGCAAGCUUAUCCUUUAAAUCUAAUCUCUACUCUCCUUUUUGUAUGUGUGUGAAAACUUGUGCUGCUAGAUUUUAAACUUCUAUUUACAAUCUAGAGAAAGCGUGUAGAAAUUCUAGUAAUAA